CGCAGAGAGAGAGCCUCUCGAUUCAGAUCAAACCAACUCUCCGCGACCCUCUUGUUCAAAUCCCCCCCCCCCCACAUCGAAACCCACGUCACUUAACCCAUCUCCCACCGACUCAGACACAUCUCCUGUCCAUGUGGAGAGGUGAGAAAUGGACGUAAGUUUCGUGUGUGCGCCAACAUGCACUAGUGUGUGGAUUUGAUAUAUAUAACGUGUGGAUUUUGGGGUCUGAUAGUUUGGGGUGAGUGAGUUGCGAGUUGGGAGAUGGCGAAUCAGGUGGUGAAGGUCAAGAGGGAGACGAUUGCAGCAUGCAUGACUUGCCCGCUUUGCAAUAAGCUGUUUCGAGAGGCCACAACUAUAUCUGAAUGUCUUCAUACGUUUUGCAGGAAGUGCAUAUAUGACAAGAUCACAGAGGAGGAUAUCGAACACUGCCCAAUAUGCAAGACCGAUCUGGGCUGUGUUCCCUUGGAGAAACUAAGGCCUGAUCACAAUUUGCAAGAUGUAAGGGCCAAGAUUUUUCCUUUCAAAAGAAGAAAGGUAAAUGCUCCUGAAAUUACACCUUCAGCACUGCCGGCUCGAAGAAAGGAAAGAUCACUCUCGUCAUUGGUGGUCAGUACUCCCAGAGUUUCGUCAACCCAAGCAACCGCUACAGGAAAAAGAACUAAAGCUGUUGCAAGAAAGGCUUCUACAUUACAAGGGUCCAGUCUGUUGGGUGAGAUGUCUGAUAAUAAUGAGGAUGAAUCUGCAGAAGAUCAUGUAGAGAGUCAAAGCUCCCCAGAGGCCUCAAAUAAGUCGGGGAAAAAUACCAGGCCGAAUUCUUUUCCCGCCGAGCCCAGUGAACCUGUAUCCAUUAAAGGAUCUGAGAAUGGUGCUGAAUCAUGGGAUGGGAAGGACCUUUGGAAACCUCUAAAUUGCUUGGUCGAAGUUGCAAACCGGACAAAGUCUCUCAAACCCAAUUUACAAGGGUCUGAAAGAGUAGAACCGGCUGUCAUUCCCAGUGAAUCUCAAGUUCGUAAAUUCAAAAGUAAAGAAAACAAACAGAAAUCCAAAGUUGAGGAUGAAAAGAAUAGCACUAACCCUCCCUCUCCGGACACAAUGAAACCUAAAAAGAUGCGUAGGGCUCGCCAAAAGAGGGAAGCUUCAGGAGAAUCAAGCAUUACACCCCAAGCUGUUUUGGAUGCAGGCAGUGGAAAACUUGAGAGAAGAGUUGGUCCAAUUUGGUUCUCCCUAGUAGCUUCCGAAGAACAGGAAGGAGAAGAAUCCUUGCCUCAGAUUCCUACAAGUUAUUUGAGAAUAAAAGAUGGAAGUGUGCCUGUCUCAUUUAUCCAGAAGUACUUAAUGAGGAAGCUAGACCUUACUAGUGAAACUGAGGUUGAGAUCAAAUGCAUGGGACAACCAGUGACCCCCACAUUGGAGAUGUAUAAUUUGGUCGACUUGUGGCUACAAACUGCAUCAUCCACACAAAAAAUUCCAGCAUCCAUCGGCUCCUCUGCAAAAGAUUUCGUCAUGGUGCUUGGGUAUUCUCGAAAGAUUUCAAACUCCUAAGCAGCUUCAAUCCUUGUAAAGCAGGUGUAAUUCUAUGAGUAUGUGUUGCAAUCACCAUCUACAGCCUAAUGCAGGAGCAGGGACAAACGAAUCCCUACAGAAACACUCGUCCGUGCUUCCCUUUGCAUAGUGCGGCAUGUUGUUGGAAAUGGCCGUUGCCAUGAUUGUACCUCAUCAUGUUGUUGUUGGUGUCUAUCAAAGAUUUCACUUUCCUAAAACUCGCUAGCCUUGAAAUGCUGAACAUAAACUUAGAUUGACACACAGUUUCUGGGCGCAGUUUUUGUUUCUGUACCAUUAGUUUAUUCAAUAUACAGUACUGAUGACAAUAAGU